UUUGUGUAUAGUUCUCACCCUUUUAACCACCAUUCGAUUGUUCUUCGGUGUUGCAACUCUGCGGUGUCGCAAGAUAUUUCCCCGCUGUCGUUCGCCGUAGUACCUAGCCUCCGCCGGAUACACUCCCAUUUCCCCCCUCCUCGUCUAGCUCAUUGUCUUCCACGGGCAACACGAUUUUAAUUGAUACCAAAUUUGCCAAACCCCAGGCUCUGGUGGGUAAAUCCUUCUCUACUCGUGCCUCCCGCUCCUCGUCGCAGUCGGUCGGGUUUUGCCUGUUCACCUGUGUCCCUGCUACCCAGCAGCGGAGUAGCCGUGCGUGCUAGUGUAUGUGUGUCUAUGUGUGUGCGUGUGCGUGUGUUUGCCCGUAAAAUUCGGAUCCCGUACGCUGCGUGCGGAGGAGCCCUAUUGUGUCGCUCGUGUACAUAUCCUUCUGGUGCUGGCCGUGGUCCUUCGCGAUACAGCGAUUCCACAAAUAAAUCAAUCACAUCCACGUGUGUGUCGGCGACAAUAACACCGAACAAGGAGCACCACAACUGCAAAAUAAAAGCAAAAGGAACGGGCCCACAGUUUUGCCAAUAUUAUUCACUUACGGAACGCCUAGCCGCUAGCGAUCCUUUCAUCUGGGGGUAGUUUUUGGGUUUUUGGUCCGCGUCCCGAGUGAACCAGUGUGCGGCGAUAAAGGAGUGAGUAGCCUACGUGGGGUAUACAAAAAAAAUUAAAUAAAAUAAAAAAAGAAACAAGUGUCAGCUCCUUACGCGGGUUGUGGGUAUGUGUACGCGUGUAAACUGGGCCUUUUUCGUGCGUCGUGCGUGACGGCGAGGUGCGCGUGUUGGUGCGUUGUAUGUGUGGUCGAUGUACGAGCGGCUCGUGGAAAUACUUUAACGCGUGUGGCAGCCCUCGGUGGGGCGGAAGGGUUCCGGCUGUGAGGGAACGGGGGACCCAAGGCAGCAAAAGCGGCAGGAAAGGAAUUCGUUUGAGGAUUCGUUCGGUGAGCCAACCCCGGUCAACCAACCAACCAACCAACCAACCAACCAACCACGGACGGACACAUACACAUAGGUUGGGGGUUGCUCAAUUAUCACCUGCCGAGCAUUCUGAGCGUUCCUGGGGGUUAAUUUACCUGUCAAAUCCUUGCGGAGAACGUGGACAAAGGGGAUACGACACUCGGCAGGAUAUUGAGCGCACGAUGGCCAGUGGACGGGCCCGGCUGCCACCAACCCCUGGGACCAUCGGUGGUCCCAAUCCUAGUACACGUCCGCUGACAGAGCUCCACACGAACAACAACCUUUACCAUCCGGUGACCUCGGGCACGGUAAAGUCCGCCGUCGUCAGUGCAGUACCAGUUCACGGAGGUGACCCGGAAUACCAGCAACAGCAGCAGCAACAGCAGCAUCCUCAGCAUCUUCAGCAUGCCCACCAGCAGGGCAUGGGACCGUCGACGGUCGGAGGACAGUCGCAGGCAGCCCAUCUGAACGUGCACCGGCACCAACAGGAAGUCGUGACCACCAUCGGAACGGAUUCGGCGCUAGGACAUGGCGUCGUGACGCAACCACUUCGCAAGCAGUUCGACGCUACCAGGCAGAUCCCCGAAAGGCCCAGCCAUUUGGCCGACGAAUGUGACUGGAUGAGCGAGUAUGCGGACAACAAUCUGAAGCGGCGCAGUUCAAUCUCGAAAGACUUCCUGCCGGCGUCGACGGCGUCAGCUGCACCGACGACGUCGGAUUGGCUGAAGAAGAGCAUCCGCCGCUCGUGGACCAUAUCCAAUGCAGAAGAUGAUAACGGUGCCACGCGGGAUCCGGACGUGCAACCGUAUCCGCAUCCGCACCUUCCUCGCAAGCAGUCGCAGUCAAGCUACCCGUCGCUGGUGAAACACCCGUACUUUAAUCCGCUCUCGAUGGCGGACGAGGACGAAUAUGGUGAGGAGGAGGAGGGCGAGGAGGAAGGUAUGGAUGCGAUCGGCGGUGGAGGAAAUCGGCGACCAGCGGCACUGCGACGUGCAAUGCCACCAAGACAAUCGACCCUGCCUAACCCGGAGGGCAUUUACUACGGGAGCAAUAAUAACCUAAUGCCACAGGUGUCCGUGUCGGUGUCGCCGAAGCAGCAGCUAAGCCCGAGCCCGCAGUACAACCAGGGCACUACCAGCCCGUACCAGACGGACAACGAGGCGGACAAUGACACUGGCUCGGAUCACCACCGGUCGCCGCUGGCGGCACGGUACAAAAUACGCAGACAAUCAACGCUUCCCUGCAAGCCGAACGAGAUGGCGAUGGAGACGGGAGGGGGAAUAGUGGCAGGAGCAGGCGGGCCGGCCCAUGGCAGCGGUCCGAAGAUAAUGAUGAUGUCCUCGUCGCCGAACAGCAGGACCAAUCUGUACUCCAAGUCGCCGGAGCGGGACGGUUCCGAUGCGUCGAAGCAGCAGCAACGUUUUCCACCCUUUGUACGUCAGUCCACCUUUCCGUCGAACUCUAACGACCCCUUCCUACUACAGAUCCAAUCCCAUUCUUCACCUUCUUCUUCGUCCCUGUCAACGCAGCAGCCGGGGCAGCAAGCGGUUGUCCCGCAUGGGCAGCAGCGUCAGCUGCCCACGUCCCCGAAUCGGUUGGUGUUUAACAAAUCGCCCGAUAGCGGCACCGAGUCGGGGCCGGGGGCGAGCGAAAGUAGUGGCACCAGCCCGCAUCAGGGCGGGGGGCCAUCCUACCAAAUGGCUCGCCAAGCGACACUACCCAAUCCCGAGCAGCACAUGAAGCUGCUUCCCACAUCCCCUCCCAAAAAGCAACUGUCACCGCACAGCAUCAAGCGCUCUCCCGACUUUGCACGCCAAAACACGCUUCCAGCUUCCCAGCAGCAACAACAGCAGCAGCAGCAGCCGGCUUCGGCACCUCAGUCGGCCCCGGUAGCCGUGCCGCAAUCCGUAGCCUCGUCAGAUGGCGGCGGUAUGGCACCGAUGGGCGGUGUGGGGACGAUGAGUUCACUCACGGUGCACCAGCACGGGCCCAAGUUCAUGCCCAUUUCGCCGCGCCAGAAGGCAUCCUUCCUCUUUCCCCAACCUGCCGCACCACAACCACGUCCCUUCCACUCACAGCAGCACUUCCCGACGCACUUGAGCACCUCGCCUUCGGCGGCCGCGGCCAUCAAUGGGACCGCCGGCGGAGCCGCCAUCGGCGGCAUAGGCACCAGCCACUCGUCCUCGACGUCGCUCGUGUCGGCUGCCGCGUCGAAGAUGAUCAAGGUGCGCAGUCACAGCAACGAAGAGUAUACGAUGACGGCGGCUACCAGAGCGGCCAUGGGGAUGGUGGGAAUGGGUCCGCUGAGCGAGGGACGCCGAAUGCUGCCAGAAAUACCGACUGGCACCGGCGGGGGCAGUCGCUCCCCGAGACUGAAAACGUUCGCUGAGGCGAAGCAAACGAUGGCGUCGGCGGCAGCGGAGGACAUGAUGAUGAUGGGCUAUGAGUAUGGGCACGUUGGUGAAUUUUACGACGAGGAUCAAGAGCUAUCGCUGGGCGAUCAGUACGAGGAGAACGAUGAGACGAGAGUACACGAGCGCACACAGCAGCAGCAACAGUAUGCGGCCGAACCGUUUCCGCUGCUCCCGAUACAACAGCAGCGACACUCCUUUGUGCCGCAACCAGUCGACUCCAGUCCGGAAUCGGUUGGCCCGGGAGGAAGCUACGGUUUCGCGAGCCGUAAAGAUCGGCUCCGGUCGCGUCGCAAGUCUCGCGAUAUGUACGAGCAGGAUGAAUCGCACCAUCAGCCGCAGCCACCCGCGCAGCAAUGCGCCGUUCCAGCGGAAAUGUCCGAUGCCGGCCCGCGAAUGCCGGCUAGUGAACCGGUCAAACGAAAGCCGGAAACGAUGCGCUCCAUCUCCGAGGAGGCACCAGCUGCAAAGCCACCUAAACCGAUCACCAGACGCUCGUUGUCGCAUCCAGAAAAGGAGACGCAGGUAUACGGUUCGAAGAAACAGGACAUUUGCAAGAUCCCAUCGCCGAAACCGCUGACGGAGCUGCACGAUCGUCAGUACAAACCGUCGUCAGCGGUCGUUUCCGCUACGUCACCGCGCAGGAAAAACAUCAAAUCCUUCGACUGUGGCACGAUGGGCACCAAGGCGGCCAACCUCACACCGGGCUAUCAUCCGCAAAUGCUGCCGCUCGGUGAGGGCAUGCAACAGGCAACUUCUCCCGGGGCUGGUGGCAGCUGCCUUAGCACCGGAUCAUCGCCGAACACAUCUGGCACCAACCGAUCCACCAGUGGCUACGGAGGUUCCGCUACGACGCUCGCCAAUAACAGCAACGGUGGCGCGGCAACCACGACAAUGGCUAGUAGCGUUGGUAGCAACAGUGCCGUGGCUGGAGCGGUGGCCGGAUUCCAGUCGUUCGGGCAGCGGAAAAUAUCAGCCUUCCAGCAGAUCCUGCAGCGCCAACGGCUGCAGAAGCGCGACUCGAAGAGUCUCGACAUUGUCGCCUCGAAGCUGAUGGAGGAAAAGUACGGCAGCGGAGGGCAGGAUGUGGAUGUUUCGAAGUCGCUGGACGAUGGCAUUUUCUCAGAGAGUGCUGGCCAUCAGUCGGACGACAAUAGCAGCGACGAACAUAUCAAUCUUACGUACAAGACAUCGGCGGACAACAAAACGACACUCGGUGAGGCAGAAAUACAGAACGCUGUCGAGGCGGCGGCCGUCAUCUUCAAGAAGGUGGUGCUGCAGCGCCGGGAGGAAAACAAAUGCAAAACAUCAAAUUCCAACACUGAGUGCCAUAGCAGCAGCGCCGAUGGAUUUACCGACGAAUCGGCCACCAUUGGUGGCUACUCAUCGUCGGAAACGGAAGCGGUCGGCCGGAUGCGUGGUGGUAGGUCCAACAGUAAUCGGCCACUGGUGCCACCCGGACCGCCGGCGGACUACGAAGAGUACCGGUUGGUGUUUUUCAGCUCGGACUCGUCGAGCAAGGAGGAAGAGUACGACAGCAGCUCCACUUCGUCCUCGUCCGCCAUACGGUGCGCCCGGCGAACCGCCAACCGCUAUCCAACCACCUCGGCCUCGCUGGAUGAGUGCGAUUGGGAUUACUUCGAGCCGGACAUGAUGCCGGAAGCCGCCACGGCCGAUGGUCGCCAGGGUACAUUCUUCUACGAAAUGCUCGCCAUGGCAACGAUGACUGCAGCGGCCGCAGGAUCCCCUCAAAAGCUCGGUCAUCAUCAGUGCGCUCGGAAUGUGGAACCACCGCCAACCGCCGCCCCCACAUCACCGUCACCGUCAACAUCGUCCACAGCGUUACCGUACUGCCAUUGCGAAUGCUGCAAUCGGCGGCAAACGACGCAGUACGUGCCGAUACCGGUCCCGGUACCGGUGCCCGUUCCGAUAGCCGCCUUCCAAAGUUGGCUGCUCGAGCAGCAGCAACAGCUACUUUUGUUGCACGGCGGUGGAGGUGGUGGAGCUGGACCCGCGCCGGCCACCGAAGGACGUGCGGCCGAGCAUGCCGUACGGGCUGAUUUGGUGCAGCAGCUGUGGAAGCAGUUUGCCGAAGCCAGCGGACAAUCGGGCGGGGUGGCGAUGGGCGAGCCGGGCCCGAAAUGUUCCUGCAAAGCUACACGAAACCGUGACCCGGAACCGUGUCCGACAUCCGAAAGCCACGGCAGUAGUGAUAAUGACCGAUUGUUUGAUGACCGUGCCGUCCACGUGCUUCCGAAGGGAGCGCAAUUACAGCGUGGUGGUAAUGACGAUGCUGCUGAUGACGAUGAUGAUGACGGGUCCGUUAGGCAGAAAAGUGGUUUACUAGCAAACACGGUGUGCAGCAGCAGUAAAGUGCAAGUGCAGAAAAAAACAGCAUCACUGCCUGGGUCGUUGUCGUUGUCGUCGUCGUCGUCGUUGUGUAAUGUAAUUACAAGUGGUGGUGUAAGUGAUAGCCGCUGUUCAUUGGCUUCAUCGAAGCGCAGCAGCAAUAGCUGUAGCAACAACAACAACCCGUCGGUCGCGGUCCGCGAUGCCGCUGCACUAUUACUACCACGAUCACUACCUUCACCGAACGCAGGUGGUGAGUUCUCGUCGUCGCCGCCGCCGCCGCCGCGACUGUUGCCGCCCCACGUUCCGGUUGCUGUGUCCGCUAGCGCUAGCGAAAUCGGUACAAACAUCCCAGCGGCAGCAACAACUACAACCGCGACGUCUACGACGACGACGACGACGACGACGGCGACGCGGGCCAUUCAAGCGAAAGAUAAUAUCGAUGGUGGUGUGGUGGUGGGCAGCAACAUCACCGAAGCAGGCGACGACGGGCAGAUUACCGCGACCAGUAAUGUACGUCGUGCUAGUGUUGCAGCAGCACUCGCUGCCGAUAGUACCCGUACCCGGUCCGGCUGCGUUGGACUAGAUACCGCGAUGAAUGAACGAGCCGACGACGGUUCGCAGCAGGCGACGACGGUUGCAGCACAACAACGAAACGACGACGGCGACAAAAUCGAGAACGAUGGCAUUGAACUCCUGAACGCGGCAAAGGUCGACGAGGGGGACCAGGAUCAACCAGAAGAUGGUGGUGGUGAUAAAGUUUGCGCAAAAGAAGAUAACACGGUCAGUGAUAGGAAGUCGGUGGUGGACCACCAGUUACUGCGACCGGUGAAAAUCGAACACCGACCGUCGAUGGACGACGCGGUGCGAUUGGUGUCGAUAAGUGUGCGGGACGAGCCGGAACCAGACGAUCACGACACCACCCGGCGGUCCGGGGAGGGCCAUCAUGUGCCGGGUGGUGAUGGUGAUGAUGGGGAUGCCGGCACAAGUGUUAAAAUUAGGGCAGUUUCACCGAGCGGCAGUAGUCAGGGAUACUUGCAGUACGAAUUGCUGUACCACCUGGCACAGUCCGGCGGCAAGUCAUCGACAUCCUCCUCUUCAUCCUCGUGCUCUUCUUCCUCGUCAGGCGAGGAGGCGGAGAGCAGCGAAGCGGCAGCGAAUGCACCCGCGGGUGAAAGUGAAGGUUCGAGCAGGAAGAAACCACCGUCGUCAUCCCGGAAAGUCAAGGUGGGAAAGUACUCUUUCCGCCUCGGGCAACUCCACCACCACCUCCCUCGGGCAGGCAAUGAUGAUUCUUCCUCGCCUCGCUCCUCCUCAGCAUCUGACGCCGGGUCGGUGCAUAAGUCGAGCGACGAGGAUUCGUCCGACGAAGAUUUCAACGUCGAUCAUCUUGCGGAAGAUGACGAUCGUAGUAGUACCACCUCCUCGGGCGAGGAAGAUGACCGGCCCGAUGGUGGCUGUGACGAGGGAUCCAAUCGUUUGUUGCUGCGAAGGAAACGAAGCGGCAAACGGUUUAGCGCUGUGAUGGUGGUUAAUCCCGAUCUGGACGAUGAUAGCAUGCGCGGUACGAGCGACGAGGGUGACAGCAGCAACAGCAGCGACAAUCAAUCGAUCGAAGAAGGCGGAUGCUAUUACGGCGCGGACGUAGAAGAACGCGACCAGCUAGGAGGUGGCGGUAUAGUGCUGAAAAAAAUGAGAUCAAUCGUCGGAGUAGGCGACGAAGAAUGUCACCAGUCCUGGCCGAGCAGCAGUAGCAGUGCCGUUGCGAUCACGGGCGGCGUAUUGGUCAGGAGCAAUCGGAGGAGGAGGCAGUCAAGUGCGGAGGAGUCAAUCGAGCCAGAAAUGGUUAAAGGAGAAGGGAGUGCCGAACGGGAGCACGCGCAUGAGGAGAGCGUGACGACGGCAGACGGUCAAGUAGAAGACGGAAACGAAGCAGAAAAAGAAGCAGGAUGCAGCUCAAGAAAGCCUCGCAAUGUGGAAGAAGUUAGUACUUUGGCACCCCUAGCGGAGAAGCGUGAAGACGCGGUGGACGAAGCAAAACUUUACCAGCGGCAGCCGCAGGUAGGGGAGGUGGACCCCGAGAAGACGACGGGUACCAGCGAUGCUGUUGAUGCUGAUGCUGUUACCGUUUCUGCCCGUACCUCCUCCGAUGGUGGUAAUGUUGCUGCUGGUGGUGCUUGUGGUCGUAUUCCAUCAACACCAUCACCACCAACCGAUGCGCUCGAUGCAGUGCAUCGGCAGCAACAUAACAGUGGCGCCCAAGAAUGGGAAACACCACCACCAACACAGGCGGACGGCGAGCAAAAUAAGAUAAACCUGAUGGCGUGUGCAGCAGGUAGCAGCAGCGGUGUUACAGGUGGGCAGCAUGCAUCAAUACCAACGCAACAACCGCCAACAUCGGAAACGCAUACCACCGUACUGCUGGCCCCCGCCGAGGUGGCUACAACUACAGCCACACCGAUGUUGGCAGAUCGAGGGGGCUUGAGAUCACGAUCGUCAUCACAGUCAUCAUCCCCGUCGUCUUAUGUGGAUAUCGUGUGUGAAAACACCACGGCCACGACUGUUGGCACCAGCAGCAGCAGCAGCAGCAGCAGCAGUAAUAACAAGUAUACGAGUCUUGUUAUGAUAACGUCGCCUAUUGCUUCUGGCAGCGCAGGUAACGGUAACGGUAGUGAAGAAGUUGGUUCUGCACGCUGGACAGCAGUGCCGUUGAUCCACGACAACAACGACGACGACGACGACAACGAAGCUGCCAAGGUGGCCAGUGAGCACGUAAACGUUACAGCAAGUGCAAGUGUGGAAGGUGGCCUGGUGGGUCGGCAUGAGUCCACGUCUGAGGCGAUCACUGUGCAGCACACAGCGCCCUUCUUGUCGGGGAGCGAAUUGUUGUUUGCUGGCCAUCGCGAUCAGUGUUUACCAGGGGAAGAGUUACAUCAAGUGGAACACCACCAGCAAGACGAGCGCAAGGGCGUAAUAAAUCACCGUGGUGAGUUGUUGGCGGUCGGUGGUGAGAAUGAUUAUGACGGCGAACGAAAGAGUUCAACGGAAGAACACGGUGAAAACCCGCCCCAGCAUAGGUGUGACGACGACGACGACGAGGACGGAACGGCGGUGAUGGAUCGUGAACCUUCGCCCUCCUCGCUGGACCACAGCGUCAUGGAUGAAAGGAGGAAGGCACAGAAUGUUGUAGGUGGUGAUGAUGGUGAGCGAAACAGAGUGAGUUUAAGCCGUCAGCAUGAUGGGGAGCGCUACCAUCAGCGGACUAUAACUGUGCCGUACGGGGGAAUCGAGCCACACGCAGUGAGUGUUGACGACGUCGACGAUGAUGGACGUUUAUCGCAAACCCCCCCUGUGAGUUAUGGUGAAUCGUCAUCGAUGGGAGAGUCCCAUGAGUAUGAUGAUGGCCACGGUGGCGGUGCACGGGGGGAACAGUUUGGUGAUGCUGAGAGGCAGGACGGGGGCGAUAGUGUGACAGUCGUGACCGGAUCGAGCACGCUCUCGGCGGUGAUCUGCCUGGAGGAUGGGCUCGCGGAUGACGAUUCGUGGGUGGAAGAGAUUAGCCAGGAUGAGGAGGAGUUCGCCACGACCACCACGGCCACCGAUUCCGAUAUGGACGACUCGAGUGAAGAAAUGUCGUUCUCGUCGCAGCACGAAGAGGAAUUGCGCGGCUAUAACCGGGCCGCGAUCGAUUUCACGCUGCACACGAUCGUGGAGGAGAGCUGCGAGGAAAGCGAAAUCGAGUCACGUGGGUCCGGUCGGGCGGUGGGCGGUGGGCGCCAUCGCGUACGGAGGGGUGGAGGCGGUGAACACGGUAUCGGUGCGGACGACGGUGGUGAUGAUGAGGACGGGCCAGACUCGGCCCAUCGACUUUCCGCGUCCGAGCUGGAGAAGUACUUUUUCUACGGCCUCGGUGGGGACGUUGGUGGUAAUGGUGGUGGAGGAGCUAGUGGUAGUGCUGGUGGCCGGCAGACCGGGCAGUUUGGUGGAUCGAGUGGCUACGGCAUGAAUACGCACGACGAUCAGAGCGAACUGUCCGAAGAGAGUAGCUCACUGUGUAGCGAAGGGCACGAUUCCCUUGGCAGUGGUACCGCGUCGGGGAGCGCAUCGGCGGCCCGGCUUUCAGGCGCUUCAAUGGACAACCAUGAUCACGAGGGGGAGGACAAUUCGACUGACUCUGUGGCGGAUUUGGCUUCAUCGCGGUUGGAGAAGUACUUCCUGACCGGGUUCCUCGGUUACAACAGUAACGAUCGCGGUGGAGGCGGUGGAACCGGUGGUGGUGGAGGAUCGGAUGGUAGCGGUGGCAGCGUUGGCAGUGACAGCGAAGGACACGCCAGUCCCGAGCAGCGCCGGAAGAGGCUGGUCCGGGCCCGAGGGGCUACGCGAUCGCACAGCUCGCUGGACAAUCUGCUGCUAGCCGGCAAAGAUCCGGCCGACCACGACAUGACACCCGGGCUCGGUUCGGGCACACACUCGGGGACGUCUUCACUCGAUGCCGGAGGUUCCGGGCUUCCGGGAGGACCGAGCAGUGCCGCCGGCAGUGGCGAUAUUGAUCAUUCAUCCGAAACGGACACCUGCGACGAAGCGUCCCUCUCGUACCCACAUCCGGACCGAGGAGAAUCGUCUCCAUACGACACGAUCGGAAGGCGCAAGAAAAAGUACACCAUGAAGAAGUCGACUGAAGUGUUGUCGCGCGUUGACCAACAGCAUGCCGGUUCCGUUGUUCAGUCCACGGAAGGAGGUGGAGCUGGUUCGGAAUCGGAGGAUAGUCGUAAAACCCCACAACCGAUCGCUCCACCAGAAACGGGGGCCACAGGUGGAGCAGCACUGGCUGCCACCUCCAGUGUCGCGACCCUCCAACCCGCUGCAAUCGAGAAUGCGAGGAAACAGAACAGCCGGGACAGUGGUUUCAUCGGAAGUAACGAUGAUCUGCUGAAGGAGGAACAUGGUGGCCACACGAACGCCGUCACCGUUUCGACGAAGUUGUCCGCUGGCUCGGAGCAGCGGUUCGAGUUGGCGGGCAUACAGGAAGAGAACAAGAGCGACCUAAAGGAGAUGGACACUGGAGCGGCGACGGCGACGAUGGCGGCGGCAAGGAAGCCACCGCUAGGAAAAACGACAACACCGACGGCGGCCGCAUCCCGAUCGUCGUCAACGGGCGCUGGUAGCGUUACAAAGACCGGUGGUGGUGGUCCAGGUAUGGUGAAUCUGGUGCGCAAGGAUAGCUUCAACAACUGGAGCUCGGACGAGGAAACCAACCUGAUGAUGUCCAAGAUGCGACAGUUCUUUAAAUCGCUUGUCGCCGCCUCGGCCAACAGCUCCCGCCGGUUGCCAAAUUCGAGCAGCAACUCGACGCCAGUCGUCAGUGGAUCGAAUACACCCCAGCAGGGUGGCAGUACGCCGGUGGCGCGACCCCGCGGCAUGCGCACCAAGCCCCCGCAGUUGGUGUACUUCGAGAACGAGCUGACGCGGUUGAUGAAAACCGUGCCCGGCAUCCGGGACGAGCAGGUGCGCGAGAUUGUAGAGUACCUGAGCAGCGAGGACACCUGGUCGGAUUCGUACGAUUCGUCCGACUACACCAGCUCCGAUCUGGAGGGUGCCGGUGUGACCGGCGACGGCGGGGGCAAUCCGUUCGGUCUGCAGGAGGAGAUAUCGGCCAGCUGCCGGCAGAUCAUCAGUAAGUUUGAUAGCAGCGUGCGCAAGGACGAGGAAGGUGACAUCGGAGAUGGCGGGCUGGUGACGGGGAUGGGGCCACCCGAAGAGCCGCUCGUUCCGUCCCAUCGCCCUUACCAUCACGCGCUCCCUCAUCAUCAUCAACAUAACAGCACACCGCUAAGCAAGGAAACGGCCUUUGUCUAUCAGCGCUUGGUGGCGUCUUUGUCAAAGGUGGUACCGAACGAAUCACCGGGCGUUACCGACCACGAUGGGCCCGAAAACGAAGUGAAGAAAAGUGCCUCGACGAUGUCGGGCACUGCGACCGCCGGGACUGCCGCACCACAGCCUGCUGGGGCGCCUGGUACGAGUUCGUCGACCUCCUCGCCACCGCUCAUAGCGAAAGUGAUGCAUCAUAUCGGAAGCCGUCUGGUGGCGCUCAUGCACGAGGUGAGCAGUGGCGAAUCGUACGCUAGUGUAUCGCCGAAGCAGCACAACCGGAUAGGAGGCUCCGGCCACCGGACACCUGGUGCGCUUGGGGGAAGCAAUCCGAUGGGCGGCGGAUCGACGCACCAUCUACCCCAUCAUCACCACCAUCAUCAUCUGCACCAUAACGUAAUAUCCGCGACGACGACGGAGGACGAUGAAGAUAGUAGUACCUCGGAGAGUAACGACCGUCCGCACCAUCAUCAUCAUCAUCACCACCAGCACCACCAUCAGCCUCAGCCUCAACACCACCAUCGGGCCCGAGGGCAGGACGAUGAUGAAUUAGUAGCAGGACCAGCCGAGGCCGGAUCCUCGUCGUCAUCGUCGUACGCGGCGACGAUGCUACUGCCAAGGAGCAAGAGCCACGACUUGCUGCUCGGUGAUCAGAGAUCUCAGGGACCGUAUCAGUAUCAUUCCGGCGCCGGGUCCGGCGAUAUGGUUGGCAUGGAGGAACGGGGCGAGGCGAGCGAUUACGAGCGAUUUUCCUGGCGAGGCAGCUUCGAGUCGGCACUGCUGGCCAACGGGGACUCGCGCACCAAGCUCUCCAUGUUGGACAACUCGUCCUCCUCCAAGUCGGUGCUGGUGGCGAAACGCCGGUCGGCCGGCGAUCUGCUAUUCAACAAUCAAAACCUGAGUCAAGAGCAGCUGGAUCGCGUCCGCAGCUGCGGCAGCAUCGGGGGCGAUCGGGAGGACUUUGACACGUCCUACCAGCAGAGCCCGGCACACGGCCACCAGCAGCCAAGCAUGCAGCACCACCAGCAUUACUCGAGCGGUUCGGCGACGACGGGCCGACGGCGUACGCUCUCCAGUGUGGCCGCUGAUGAGGAAGACACCGAUUCGGACGGCUCCUGCAGUAAGGGAGGCACGGCCGGCAAUGUUGGUAGCGGCGGCAGCAACAGUAGACUGGUGCUCGCGUCUCGCUCGACCCUUCCACGAAGUUUGCAAACCACGAUGGCCACCGGCACGACCAAUUCGCUUCCCCGGCUACCGACGUCCAACCUUCAGACGAUCAUGCAAUCGGUGGCCUCGUCUUCUUCCGUUUCGUCUUCGUCACUCGCGCCGACCCCCGCCACCGCCAUCUCCUCGGGAUCGACGAAAAGUUCUGGCUCCGCUGGUGGUACCGCGAGUGGUGCAAGUGGCGUGGCCAUGGGCCAAAAGUCCCAGAGUGUGUACCAUUUCUUGCAGAACAAUGUGAAAAGUGCACGUUACCGAGCGCCCGGGUUCAACCGGCCCCCUUCCGCUCCGAAGCGGGCCAUGUCCGCGCCCGGCUUACAGCCACCUUACCCGCGUCGAGAAAGGCGCGGUCGCUUGCAGCACCUCUUAAAUGAAGAAAACAACAGUCCCGAGUUGACGGGAUCGACAGGGGCGCUUGGUGGCGACGAGGAUACACAGGGCAGCAGUCCGCGUGCGAGCGGACCAGGUGCCGGAUCAUACGACCGGGCGGGUGGCGAUGGAACGGCUCCGAACGGUAGUGGUGGAGGAGGCGGAGGCUCGCUACACAAGGGCGUUGGAGGUGGCAGUAUGGUAUCGUCACCGGUGGGAUCGGCCGGCGGUGCCAGCGACAACUGGCCGUCGCAGUCGGACGAGGAUAUCGAUCGGCUGGUGGCACUGCACCAGAACCGCGCCAGCCUCAGCUCGCUCGGUCUACGCUCGGACUCGAUGGCGAGCGUUUACUCGGGCGCCGGCGAGGGCCGGUACGGUACUGUUACGGUUCGCGGACAGAUCGAAUUCGGUAUGCAGUACAACUAUAAGCAGGGCGCCCUCGAGAUACACGUGAAGCAAUGCCGCGACCUGGCCGCGGUCGACACGAAGCGAAACCGUAGCGAUCCCUACGUUAAGGUAUAUCUGCUACCGGACAAAUCGAAGAGCGGUAAACGAAAAACGAAAGUAAAGAAGCACACCCUCAAUCCGGUGUUCGACGAGGUGCUUCGGUUUCACAUGAGCCUCAACAGCUUGCAGACGCGCACGAUCUGGCUCACCGUGUGGCACUCGGAUAUGUUCGGCCGGAACGACUUCCUCGGCGAAGUGAUGAUGGGUCUGCAGGAUAAGGUGUUCGACAAUCCACAGCCACAGUGGUAUCAACUGCAGGAGCGGAGCGAACCGUUUGAAGAUCUUUCCGCAUACAAGGGAGACAUCAUCGUCGGGCUGAAGUAUGUUUCGGCCGACUCGGAUGGCGGUGGCAGCAUCGGACCGGGGUCCGCUGCUGGCGGUGGCAUAAUCGGCAGCGGAAGCGGCGGAGGCGGCAGCGGUGGCAGUGCUGGCAGUGGCUUUGGAACGCUAAAUUUACGCAAGUUUAGCACGCGCUCGCUGACCUCGAACUCGUCGAUGUUGUCGGGUCACAGCAAGGGCGCACUGCACGUACUGGUGAAGGAAGCGAAACACCUGCAGCCGAUCAAGUCGAACGGAACAUGCGAUGCGUUCUGUAAGAGUUAUCUACUACCGGAUAAAAACCGUAGCUCGAAGCAGAAGACACCCGUCAUCAAACGAACGAACUCACCGGUGUGGAACUUCACGUUCGUGUACGAGGACAUUUCGCUGGCGGAGCUGUCCGAGCGCGCGCUGGAGCUAACGAUAUGGGAUCACGACCGGCUAGCGAGCAACGAAUUUCUGGGCGGUGUUCGCUUUUCGCUCGGUAACGGUAAACAUAAUGGCAGGGCAGUCGAGUGGAUGGAUUCGACUGGCAAGGAGCUAUCGCUCUGGCAGAAUAUGAUCAACCGGCCGAACUUUUGGGUCGAGGGUGCCCUGGUUUUGCGUCCCUCGCUAGAAAAUGCCCGAUUUUCCACAUAAUUUUCAGAAACCCCCGUAGAUUCGCGAGGAAUCUUUUAGUAGAGUCGGUUCCUCGCCAAAUCCUUCAACACCACCAUCAAUUCCUGUCCGAACCUUUCUUCCUUUCCCGCCCUCAACAAAAACCAAUGGCAACCGUUAGCAUAACUAGCGUAGAUAAGUCCGAGAACAAUCACAUUACGAACAACCGGCACACACACGCAUACACAUACACCUAAAACAUGAGACAAGUUGGGAGAAGUGUGGAAAUAGAAUUGUGAUGUUGCUUUGCAAUCAACCUAUUCAAUAUAGAAGUAUAACAUAUACUGUGAAUUGUAAGAAAAUUCAAACACCUAGUGUAAGCACACGAAUGGGAAAACCUUUUCUUCUUUGGGGCUGGUCUUUAGGGUUUGCUAGGCAGACAGUUAGUUUGGCGUCAUUGAUCGCAACAGAUGCGACCCCCCCGUGCAAUGGAAAAGGGCCAGAGUGAGAGCUUAAGGUGUAGGCAGGAAAAAGAAGAAGAAGAAGAAGAAGAAGUGAAAGAAAAAGCAAAAUCCGCCAUAAGGGCGGACGAUAGCAAAUGAAAUAAAAGGAAAUCAUUACGAUGAACGUUUGCUCUACAUCACCUCAUGUGAAAAUAAUAGAAUUUUUCUGUGUUCAUCUAUAUACCAUCGUCGUAAUACCAUUCUCUCUCAUCAAUCGUGUCCACCAACAACCAUGGUGAUGUUUUUGUAGGCUGUAAAACAUACAAGAGAAAAACACAUUGUAUCAAUUUCCUAAUUACACUACGAAUAGUUAUUAUUAAUGUUAUGCUCCGUGUCCUGCAAAACGGCACCGGAUGCCCUCUAGUUCAGCAAUGUUGUGCCGGCGCUUUGAUACAGUACCAUGGCAUGCACUCCCGCCUUCCUCGUCCUGUCCACCGGCCGCCUGGUAGAGGUUUUGACCCACGAAAACGGUUCCACCAGUGGAUGAUAAUGUUGAAGCUUAUGCCCUUGCCUUUUUGCUCUCUUGCCCUGAACCUAAAAGUGAUCGAUGGCGUAAGAGGGUCAAAGGAAAAGAGAUACAUAGGAAAAAUAGAUGACUUAAACGUAGGCUAUCGAGGAAAAACGAUUCUUGGUCGAUGUAGUAUGCCCGCGUGCGACACAUUGACAGCCGCAAUUGGACACAUAUCAUGCAUUUGUAAAUUUUAUACCGCAUUGGAAAGCGCGCGGCUUUUUUUUGUGUGGUGGGAUAGCUUCUAUUUGAUUUCAGAAACGUAAUAAAAAGAAACACGAGAAAUGAGGCUUGAUGGCACGGCGUGCUGUGGCGGGGGCAUAUGGUACUGUAUCCGAUCCGCCGGCAAACGCAACUUAUUCUUGUUAAACUUUUUCACCACAGAUUCACUCUGAUUGUUAUACACUUGAUUCCUCUUGAGUCUGAAUCUUCGAUGGGUGUAUUAUGCGUACGCAGAUGCACGGCCACCUUUAUACAUUUAAAACAAAAACUUAGCUACAUAUUUACAAUUCUUACAACAAACAAAAAAAAACCAAUCAAAUGACUGACCAUGUUUAUAUAACAAAAAAAAAUUAAUAUUAUAAUACGAUACGAACAAGCGUAUUCGUUUACUCGUGGCAGGGUUUGGAAGCAGCAAACCAACGGAUUACUGAAACGCGCCUGAACACAAGUGUGUGUAGUCUCGUAAAACCCGACUUUGAUCAAUUGACGCUAAUUCCUCCACAAAGCUCUAGGGAGAGGAAUCCUUGCCAAAGGAUGAUGGCAGGGAUGAGAGGCGUAUUUAGGAUUUGCAAAACGUUACAAUACAAUUAAACUGACACUUCGCGCCUGUCUCGCGAUUACGUCGAGUCUCGGCAAAGGUAGUAGUAGCUGCUAACCCGGCUUCUUUCGGGAAGCACGCGGUAAAGCGCGUGGCACGGAUGCAAUGCAGUGGGCGAAGGAUUAUUGGAGGGAUUUGUCGGCACGGACACACAGGACGGAGAAAAAAAAAUGGUAAAGAAAUAACAAAAUCGCGAACAAAAACACAGGAAAACGACACACGCGUUUCGACUGGGCGUUUCGUGCUGCCGUGUUUGUGUGUGCGCCGAUACGCAUACGUACAAUUUACACACGUAUUUUGUAAAACGAAUAAUUGUAUAACACAAUUCUAUUGAUAUUUAACGAUUAUAUUAUACACACGACGGAUCAUGGAGCAAAACAUGGAUCAUGCAAAAAAUCUUAUGAACUUCGCGAUUAGUACGUACUAACGCACCCUUCUCUAUCCGAAGUAGAGUCGGGUCAUUCCUUAGUAAUAUUAGGAUAUAAAAACAAAAAAAAAGACAGAAAAUGGGGGAGGAAUGUGAAAAUUAAAGAGAGAGAGAAAGAGAAAGAGAGAGCAUGCAAAAGAAUAAGAAAGGAUAUAAGACAAAUCGAGAAACAACCCACACGUGUUGCAAUCUUUCGCGUAAACAAAUAUUGAAACAUCGUUUUUAAAUAGCCUAUUCAACAUCUUCAUAGUUCAUUCUUUUUCGAAAGAUUGUUCCUUCAGCUACUAAAUGGUGGUUUUUUUUCUAGCCACUCAAUCGAAAUUCCAUUUCCUGACAAACAAUUUACGAAAUCCUUCGAAUGGCUUGCAUUACAAAUUUAUUAAAUUAAAUAUACGUAUCAACAUUUUUUCAACAUGUCAACAUGACAUAUAUUUUAAAUUACUUUAUUCGAUUUUAUUUAUAUAGUCUAAUUUGUAUAACGCGGCAAUAUGCAUGUGUUCUAUCGUACGCUACCUUCUAGCGAUUUGUCGUAAGGUGAAAGGACAAAGUCUUGAUAAGUUGGGGAAAGUGUCGCAAUAUCCACCCUCCAUGCAAAUCAUUUCCAUUUAUUCAAUUUACACUGUUUAAAAUUGUGAGUAAUUUGGCCACAGCAUGGAAAGAUUAUGGCCAAUGGCUUAUAGACCAAAUGUUCUUUACUAAUUAAUAAAACGAAAGUAUUGACAGUCGCUACAAAAUGUAACGAAAUUUAAAUGUUCAACUAUUAUUUUUUCGUGCCACAACUUAACGCAGCUAUGCGACACAUUUUGUAACAUAGAAAACAUCCAAAUUAGCGAGCCCCAUCGAGUGAAUAUUGCCACACUUUCUUGUGCUUCGCAAGGAAGUAGGAAAUGAGGGAAAAGCGGUAACCAGCACGAUAUGAUUUUUGUUUGUGAUUUACCAUAUUAAAAUGUGCAAUGAAAGCUACUUAUUAUAUAACCCUGGGUUGGCAUUCUGUUGGCCAGGUUAGGUAUUAUCCUGCAAAGCAAAUUGAAGACGAUAGGCGUAACAAUGUGACCAACGGUUUUUCUUGGCCUGUAAAGGCACAUUAGGGAAGGCGCGGCGUGACGAGCGGGAGCAAAGAUUGGGCAGUUAUAGUGCAAGAUAUAGUAGCAAAACGUAGUAUUAUCACCACCCGUAGUAAUUAUAUACACACACAUACACACACACACACACAUACAUAUACACACGUACAUUCAGAUAAUUAGUAGUUUAAGAGAAUCCAAAAUCUAAGGGAAAGUCCCAUCAUAGGGAGCAAACGACUUCUCCCGAAUGCUCCAUUUGACGUUAGUUUGUUUCGUAAUUUCCGAUGUUUCAGUUUUUGUUUUUUCGAAUCGCGAAACAGUAGUGCGAAAGUUAAUUGUUCGUUGGUAGUAGUAAUAAAACUAGGGAAGGAAGAACUUCAAUCCGAUUUCUCGGAACACACUUUUCAACUAUUGCAUUUGCCGUAGACGUGUUUUCGUGUUUUUUCAACUACAACAAUUAUAAAGCGCGGCAGGAGAAUUAAGAAACUAUUGCAGGAGAGAGUGAGAGUAGGGGUAAGCGCGGGAAGACAAAUUGACAAGGAUACAAUCGGAUAGAAUAAAAGUGGAACGUACCGGUGCAAGAGGAAGAUAAGCAACACUUUAUUCCGUUUACAUAUCGCGUCGCCCGAAAAUCACUUAUUCACUCGAAACUAUUUGACUUAAUGAUGAACACGCCGGUUGUCGUUUCCAAUUCGACCUUCUUCGAACCACAGACACCUGGGUAUGAGUGUUUGUUUAAUCUGUUUAGGAACCAACGUUCAAAUGCACGUGCCGUACGGCUGUGCUGCAACACAUAUGAAAAGUGGUGGGAUACAAGAAGCGGAAUCAAAAAUUACAUUGCAGUAGUACAAUCAUUUACCAUUCGUCCCCGUGAACAAUUCAACCCCGCGGCGGCUUGGGGUGGAAAAAGGCACACAACUGGUGGAAGGUGAAAAAUAGUGAAACAUCCCCUCUCUCGAUAAGUGAGGAUAAUCGGAAGGAAGCAAUCGGAAUAGAAUUGGAUGCGACUCGAAGGAAGGGACAAGACGGAGGUACAUUUGCCAAAGCAAGGGAUUUCAAAUUUACAUUAGCCAACCGGUGAGUUUGAGAUUAUUUUCGUUGCUGCCUUUAUGAAAUAUUUUACGUUUUACUAGAUGAGUUUAUGAGUAUAAACUGUUAGUGUUACUGCCACGUGGCCGUUGCACGUGGUUAGGCUAUAUUACCCGCUUGUAAUGAUUAUGAUCUACUAUUAGUGCGCUAUUUGAGUGUCUGUUCUCGUGAGAUAUUCUCUAAGCAAUUGACAUACGUGUAUGUUAAAAUCAUUCCUGUACGCUCAGCUAAAGUAACGGGCCACGCCUGGUCACAAAUAAUGUAAAACACUCUGCAAAAACUCUAAACUAAGCUACUUAAACACGCCAGCUGCGAUAAGUAAUGGACGCGCGAGACAAAUCGGGGUCAAUUUCAAGUGAUUUAAUUCUGGUUUUUGUCUCGCAGGGCACGCGGCGAGAGACCCCGAUCGGGGGAGGGAGGGUAACUAGUUGAAGGUAGAAACUGUGCAUGUGCAUGGCAUAGGGAAGCUGGAGAGGAGGAGGCUCUAGUAACCCGUUGCGUUCACAUGAUUUUCCUGACCCUUUUGCUGUUCCUUUCGCUUGUCCUUUUGCCCAUCUUCAACUGUCCAACGGACGUAAAAGCAAAAUGGUGGCCUAGCCCGUUCAUGCGUACUUUUUGGAUAUUCUUUUUUUUACUCGUUUCGAAGUUGUAGAUACUAAUAGUCACUAACAAUUGCGUCCGACACUAGCGGCGACAGAUAAGCAAAAAAGGAAAAAAAAAUUAUGUGACUUCUUGUAACAUGCAAUGCAUGCACUUUGCUGUAAAGCUACGUUUUCUUUCUUUUUCCG